GUUGAGACCCAGCUGACUAGGUGAGGCGAGUUAACUCAUCAACUGGUCUAAUUGAUUAAUUAAGUGCAAAGUAAAAACCAGCAGACCCUGUCGCUCUCCGAGACCAGGGUUGGAGACCACUGGUCAAACAGAAUUGGAGAAACUACCAACCACUGUGCUUUGAUAUUUCCGAAAAGUCACUUCACCUACCUCUAGUGUGUAAGGGGUUUGCUUAAUUUGCAUGUGAGAUUAGCCCUACAUGAAUGUUGCUUGUUAACUAUGAAUUCCGUUGAAUUCAGAACGGAUUCUGAACACACAGGGUCUAAUUUGAGAAAUCUAGAGCCGGAUUUACGUCCCCUUUCCAAAGGGCAUGGCUGCACCUGUUCUCCUGCUAGUUUUCAUCUGUUCUGCUAACUUUGUGUCGGAAGUAUCUUCUGAUGGCCCUGUGACGUUAGACUGCCCGUCGGCGAGCGCCGGGGUCUACGGGCGGGACGUGCGGAUCCGCUGCGCCGUGACCCCGGGCUCCGGGGUGCACGUGUUCCGGGCGGAGUGGAAGAGGGUGCGCCCCGGCGCCCCCGUUUCGGCCGUCUCCGUUUUCGGGGCCGCGGGGGGCAGCGGGCCCCGCUUUCGGUCGGGCUGGGACCGGAGCAGCAUGGAGGUGUGGCUGCAGGUGCAGAGAGUUCGGCUGGCUGACGAGGGGCACUACACCUGUCUGGUGGUGACCGACCGCGGCUCCGCUGUGCGCGGCACCAGCCUGAAAGUUACAGCCAGGUACUCGGAGCCCACUGUCUGGUCCAUCCCCGCGAGGAACAUUGAGGACAACAUGGAGGUGACCAUGUUCUGCCGGGCUCUGGGUGGGUUCCCCCGCGGGACGGUCCACUGGUUUGACCAGUACGGCACCAACUGGACCCGCAGCACCAGGACGGACGCGUGGAUCAGGGAGGAUGGGCGCUUUGACCUGACCAGCGAGUUUGACGUGUGGAGAGUGUCCUCCAUCUCCCCUGGUUACAGCUGCCGCGUGAUUGGCUGGGACGGACGCGGCCAGGGAGAAGCCGAGAUUAAUCUCGCGUUCCGCGACCCCGAGAAACGGGUCCAGCGCUGGAGCAACAACUCGAUAGCGGCCGUCAUCGUGGUGGCGGGCUCUCUGGCCACGGGACUGCUUCUCCUGCCGCUGCUGCAGAGGAGGAGACCACGCCAGGAGGUGUGCAUGGAAGGACAGGACAACGAAAAUCGGGAAGGUCCUGAAAAGGAGGAGGAGAAGACUUGUUAGAUCAUUAAUCAGGACCGUGAAGACUUUGGUCCAAUCACAAAAGCCGGCAUGGGACAUGUGACCACUUCAGUAAAUCCGUCUGACCAAUGACGGCGGCAGCUGCAAACACGUGACUUCAGGUCCUGCAUCUCUUCGUCAGUGGAUGUAUGGACACACUCGGGAAACCAGAAAAGGACCAGUUCUAGCACCGGGAGUACGACCAAACAAAUCCACUGAGCUACCCAGCACUGUGGAAUAUGAGUAUAUAUUUUCCCAUCUCAAACUGCUUUAUUGCAGAAUUGAAUAAAACUUUAUAUCAAUAUGAAA